CCCGCUAACCGCCAAACGAGAACCUAGACUAACUGUAGUUCGUUCCCAUCUCCCCCCAUUGGAGGAACGCAAUAAGUUACCUACAAGUUGGUCUAACCUCAGAUGGACGUCAGUCGCGUUCAGACAACCCCACGAUUUCCCAGGCGCGUUUCAAUCAAACCGACAGACUCAUGAGCGACCAUUGACCACGACCGCUGCUAGUAGUCCAUUAUCGCCUGAUCCCCUCGUGAUGCCGCGGGAAAUCAUCACGAUCCAGGCAGGCCAGUGCGGCAACAGCAUUGGUAGCCAGUUCUGGCAGCAGCUAUGCCAGGAGCACGGAAUCAACCAGGAUGGCAACUUGGAAGACUUUGCCACAGAGGGCGGUGAUCGCAAGGACGUGUUCUUCUAUCAGAGCGACGACACGAGAUAUAUCCCCAGAGCCGUGCUCAUCGAUCUCGAGCCCCGAGUCCUGAACAGCAUCCAGACCGGCCCCUACAAGAACAUAUACAACCCCGAGAAUUUCUUCAUAGGGAAGAGCGGCAUAGGAGCCGGAAAUAACUGGGGUGACGGAUAUCAGACUGGCGAGUCGGUACACGAGGAGAUCAUGGACAUGAUCGACAGGGAAGCCGAUGGCAGUGACUCGUUAGAGGGUUUUAUGCUCCUUCACUCGAUAGCGGGUGGUACUGGAUCCGGUCUCGGCUCCUUUCUCCUCGAGAGAAUGAACGACAGGUUCCCCAAGAAGAUCAUUCAGACGUACUCGGUAUUCCCCGACACGACCAACGCCGACAACGUUGUCGUACAUCCAUACAACAGCCUGUUGUCCAUGCGAAGGCUUGCCCAGAACGCCGACUCGGUAGUAGUGCUUGACAACGGGGCCUUGUCCUCCAUUGCUGCAGAUCGUCUACAUGUGCAGGAGCCUUCAUUCCAGCAAACGAACCAAUUGGUCUCGACAGUCAUGUCAGCAAGCACAACCACCCUACGAUACCCGGGCUACAUGCAUAACGACCUUGUCAGCAUAUUGGCAUCUCUGAUACCGACCCCGCGAUGCCACUUCCUGAUGACGGCUUACACUCCCUUCACUGGUGACCAGGUUGAACAAGCCAAGACGAUUCGGAAGACAACGGUUCUGGAUGUGAUGAGGAGAUUGCUUCAACCGAAGAACCGCAUGGUGUCGACAGUGCCGGGCAAGAAGAGCUGCUACAUAUCCAUUCUCAAUGUCAUCCAGGGCGAGGUCGACCCGACUGAUGUCCACAAGAGUCUACUACGAAUCAGAGAACGGCGGCUGGCAACCUUCAUCCCAUGGGGUCCGGCCAGUAUCCAGGUUGCCCUGACCAAGAGGAGUCCAUACGUGCCCAUGAGCCACCGUGUCAGCGGUCUCAUGUUGGCAAAUCACACAAGCAUUGCUACACUCUUCAGGCGCAUUGUUAAGCUAUAUGAUGGAAUGCGUAAGAGAAAUGCUUUUAUGGAAGGUUACAAAAAGACAGCACCCUUUUCCGAAAACUUGAACGAAUUUGAUGAGGCCAGACAAGUAGUCACAGACCUUAUUUCCGAGUAUGAGGCGGCUGAAGAUGCUAAUUACUUGAACCCGGACGAACCGGCCACCUCUCAUGAGACAGACAGGCGGGUUGGUUGAUGAAUUUGUGGAUGCAGGCUGCCCUGCCCAAAUGAGAAGGUUUCACGAAUCAUGUAAAAAUGUGGUCAGAGGCUCGGCGUUGAUGGUGUCACGGAUCUUUAGUUUCAUUAGGCUACCCAAGUCAGGUAUUCAUGCCGUUCAGAAUCAAACUUUGCAAAAGUUGCAAACGCUGCAGAAGUAGGUAGAAUCAUCUCGGAAGUUCUACCGCGAUUCACAUGCCUUCGACUCGCU